AUGACUUUAUUCAAGAGAAAAUUAUUAUCAUUUCGGAAGAGAAGUAAAUUUCGAGAUUUUGCCGAACAAUCAAUAACUCAUAGUUUUGUAAUGAUAAAUCAUGCUAGCGUUUUGAUUACAUAUGCUGAGCGCUUUGAAGAAGAUGAUGAUAGCAUUAGUGAUAUUGAGCUGUUGGACUUAUUAAGAGCAUGUUUAGAUCAAGCCAAGUUAAAUAAGGAGAAAUCCGUAUCAUUAAAGGACCAACUUGUAAGAAUUAAAACUCGCUUGGGACUUGUCGUCAAAGAAAUUGUUGAACAAAACGAUAAUAUUAUGGAAGAACAUGAGAAUUUAUCCAAAAAAAUUAGCCAAGCAAAUAAAGUAAAAGAAGAUGCAAUAUCAGUUUCAAAACGUAGUGUAAUGGUAGCGGGAUUGGUUGCAUUUGCUGCAGCUCCGUUCACAGGUGGGACAUCGUUGGUUGCGCUUGCGGUCGUUGGAAGUGGAAGUGUAGCUACGGCUACAGUUUCUGGAGUUUCUUCAUUUCACAGCACAGUCCUAAAUUCAAAUUAUAAAUUAAGCAACACUAUACUAGAAAUUAUAACAUGCAUUGUCGAAAAUAUACAAAAAUAUGAAAGUUUUUGGGAAAAUCAAAUUGCCGAAAUUGAUAACAUCAUUAAUAAUUUGAAAAAAAUUAAAAAUGAAAGGCGAAUGAUAAAAUUAAUCUCCAGGAUCAUUUCAAAUAAAGCGAAAGCGAUUCAUAAAAAUUAUCAUGAUUAUAGUGUUGUUGUGCAAGAUGAAGUGAAUACUGAUAGGAGUGAUAGGAAUUAA